GGGAGUGUGGGUAGGGCAGAGUUCAGUUGCCAGGUAAGAGGUUCUUAAGGAAACCACAGAUGUGAUCUGGCUGGAUAGCAUUCCGAAGGGUGCCAGGACGAACAAAGAACCGGCAAUCUUGUUUCAUGCUAGUGAGAUAGAAUUCAAAAUGAUGUCACUCGGGAUGGUGGGGGAAGAUAAGAGACACUGUGUUUGGAGUUUCAGUCAUGACAGCCAGCCUGGGCUCAAAGCUUUUCAUAGGCAGGGAGACACUGUCAGCAAACCGGGAGGCUCAUUUCGCCUCUUUUCUCCACCUUGAGUUCUUUCCCCCUUAGCUCCCUGGCACUAACGCUUCUUCCUCAGAUGCACUUAGUUAAGAGUGCACGAAAGUGACGGCAGGCAAGCACCCCCUGAGAAGGCUGGGCGGUGAGGGGCCUCAUUUCUCUGCCUCAGUUGAAACCCUCAGCUUCUGCGUCUUGCCAGAGCUGUGGGUGGAGCGCAGGACGCGAUUACCCUGUGGCUUCUCCUCCCACAUAAGCCCCGCCCCUUCACACUUGGACAGUGGACAGAUUAGCUUUCUUCCUCCUCCUGAUUCACUCCUCUGGCUGAUGUGCAAGAUCUUGCAGAAGCCAGGGACUUGCGUUCUGGGCUUGGCAAAAGUGCUUAGGAAGAAGCCAGGGCUUCCCGGCUGGGAGGAGGGAGGAGAGCUGAAGACCCCGCCUUUGGCUCAGCUAAGCAAAGUGGGCAGCUCAGUGCUUGAAAGAGGAUUGUGCUCGCACUAGAUAUCAGUAAGUGAGUGACUGUAUGAGUGCCCCUGGGUCAUGGGGUAGACUUGAAAAUGAUGCUUGAUUCUAGGAGAAAGCUGCAAGGCUGCUGUCUGUGCGCUUUCUGUGUCCCGUAGAGACUAGAGGCUUAGGCACAAGAAUCAGAACUCCAAAUGCCUCCUCCCAAUCCUGGAAAAUGGCAACUUCUACUGAGAGUAGUUGUGGACAUACUCUCCUUUCCUGACCCCUCUUCCCAAGAAAAUGUGCUACUAAAUCAGACAGAGUUGGGAUUACGUGGGGAAAGUGAAAUGUAAUAUUAAUAUAUAUUGCAAUUUGUGAUUAUGUUCUCUGUGUGCUGGCAUUGUUAUAUCUAUUAGCAGAAAUUGUCAGCAAAGUCAGAGGCAGGGGCUUAAAUGGGGAAAUUGAGAGUUUCUAUGACCAAGAGACUGAGUAGUUCAUACGUAAGGGAUUAAAUACAAAAUUUAUGUAAUAAAUAAUAGAUGGGUUUUUAAAAAUCAUUAAAGAGGAAUAGCAGCCAGGAAGCAUAAAAGUGCAUGAUAAAAAUUAAGAAAAGAAAAUUUCACAUCCAUGGCUUUUUGAAGUAGCCAAAAAUUUCAGGAUGUUUACAAAGUCGUGACAGUGAUGCAGGAAUACUUCAAUUAUUGUUGUACAUUAUUAAUAAUGUUGCCGGGCAAGAUCUGUGGUUCUCUGGUCAGCAAGUUCUGGCAAUGAAGCCACUGCCGCUGGUGCAAAGAAUUCUGGGAUGUCUGACAGUGAAAUGGAUGGAAGGACUCACAUUCCAUCUCUACUUAAUGCCCUUUUGUCCAGAAAUCGGGUCAUGCAGAUGAGCUACUUGAAAAGUAAAGAACAAGGCUAUGGAAAGCUAAGCAGUGAUGAAGACCUGGAAAUAAUUGUUGAGCAGAAGCAGGUAGUAGGUGUAACCUUGAAGAAAAAAUGGCACUGUCUUCAAAAAAGUGACCUGACCCUGGCUUUGGGAAAAGGCUCUAGGGCUGCAGAUAAGGCUGUUGCCAUGGUGAUGAAGGAGAUACCGAGGGAGGAGUCUGCAGAAGAAAAGCCCCUCCUUACUGUGACAUCACAGCUGGUGAAUGAGCAGCAGGAAAGCAGACCUCUCCUGAGCCCCUCCAUCGAUGACUUCCUCUGUGAAACCAAAUCCGAGGCCAUUGCAAAGCCAGUAACAUCCAACACAGCCGUGUUGACCACUGGCUUGGAUCUCCUUGACCUAAGUGAACCUGUCUCUCAAUCCCAAACCAAAGCCAAGAAAUCUGAGUCCUCAUCAAAGACCUCAUCCCUCAAGAAGAAAGCUGACGGCUCUGACCUGAUCAGUGCAGAGGCUGAGCAGAGGGCCCAGGCUCUCCGGGGCCCAGAGACGUCAUCUUUAGACUUAGUAGACAUUCAAACACAACUGGAAAAAUGGGAAGAUGUCAAGUUUCACAGUGACCGAACAAGCAAGGGGCAUCUCAUGGCUGAAAGGAAGUCAUGCUCAUCUAGAGCUGGAUCCAAAGAGCUCCUAUGGUCCUCAGAACACAGAUCUCAGCCAGAGCUAAGUGCUGGGAAAAGUGCCCUCAACUCCGAGCCGGCCUCCGAGUUGGAACUUGCGGCUCCAGCACAGGCUCGGCUCACCAAAGAACAUCGCUGGGGGAGCGCUCUGCUCUCCAGGAACCAUUCCUUAGAAGAGGAGUUUGAAAGAGCAAAAGCAGCGGUAGAGUCAGAUACGGAGUUCUGGGACAAGAUGCAGGCAGAGUGGGAAGAAAUGGCCCGGAGGAACUGGAUAUCUGAGAACCAAGAAGCCCAGAACCAAGUCACCAUGGUCUCUGCCAGUGAGAAGGGAUAUUACUUUCACACUGAAAACCCCUUCAAGGACUGGCCUGGAGCAUUUGAAGAAGGCUUAAAAAGGUUGAAGGAAGGGGACCUGCCUGUCACCAUCCUGUUCAUGGAAGCAGCAAUUCUCCAGGACCCUGGAGAUGCUGAGGCAUGGCAGUUUCUUGGGAUAACCCAGGCAGAGAAUGAAAACGAACAAGCAGCCAUUGUCGCCCUCCAGAGGUGUCUGGAGCUGCAGCCCAACAACUUGAAAGCUCUGAUGGCCUUGGCUGUGAGUUACACCAACACCGGCCAUCAGCAGGAUGCCUGUGAGGCUCUGAAGAACUGGAUUAAGCAGAACCCAAAGUACAAAUACCUUGUAAAGAACAAGAAGGGCUCUCCGGGCCUCACUCGGCGGAUGUCGAAGUCCCCAGUUGACAGCUCUGUCCUGGAAGGAGUGAAGGAAUUAUACCUGGAAGCUGCCCACCAAAAUGGUGAUAUGAUAGACCCAGACCUGCAGACGGGCCUUGGUGUUCUAUUCCACCUGAGCGGGGAGUUCAACAGAGCAAUCGAUGCAUUUAAUGCUGCCUUAACUGUUCGGCCAGAGGAUUACUCAUUGUGGAACCGGCUUGGGGCCACCCUGGCAAAUGGUGACCGCAGUGAGGAAGCUGUGGAGGCCUACACGAGAGCACUGGAGAUCCAGCCAGGCUUCAUCCGGUCCAGAUACAACCUGGGGAUCAGCUGCAUCAACCUGGGUGCCUACAGAGAAGCGGUCAGCAACUUUCUCACUGCCCUCAGUUUGCAAAGAAAGAGCCGGAACCAGCAGCAAGUCCCUCACCCUGCCAUCUCGGGGAACAUCUGGGCUGCCCUCAGAAUUGCACUGUCACUGAUGGACCAGCCAGAACUCUUCCAGGCAGCCAACCUUGGUGACUUGGAUGUCCUCCUAAGAGCUUUCAACUUGGAUCCUUAAAGGAAAAGAAAGAAAUACAGAAUAAUCCCUCAUCUGUUAUUAUACUAAAAAGGGACAAAACUAUUUUAUUAUGAAUUUCAAAAAAAAGAUUUUUUUAAAGGAUAAAGCAAAGAGUCAAAAGGCCAUGGUCAUAUAAUCCAAGGGAAUUGAUUACUAUAGACAAUACCUGGCCUCUGUUCAGAUCCAAAAGCACAAAGCAAGAUCAGGUUCAAGAGAAGAACUAAGAUUCUCAAGACAAACCAAGGUAACUGUGUAUACUCUUCCAGGUUACAAGUGGACUUUGAAUUAGUCUGUCCCACGUCACAGCUGCUGGCACAUCUGAAGAGCUGUUCAUGGGACAUAGCAAGACAGUUUAUAUGUGGUCAGUGAACUCAGGCUGUCUGUCUGUCUACUGAACAUAGUUUGGGCCGUUGGCGCAUGCACACACACAACCUGACUGAAGGCAGGCAUUGCUUCCCCCUCCCGUUUUAACUUUUACUGUAAGCCUUUGUUUCCAGAGAGAGCUUUGCUGGCAAAAGCAGUUUUUGCACUAGACAUUUUUGCUGUUCCCAAUGAAAUCCUAUCUAGGAUUGUACAUAAGCACUUUAUUAGCGUAUUUAUGCCUUGCUGGGCUUCGGGUUUGCUGCUCCAGUCCCUAACUUUGGGGGGCGGGGGCUGGAAGAUUUGAGACAGAUUUGUUAGCUCAAUGGACCAAAUAAAAAAUUCUGAGAAGA